AUGAAUCGGGAAACAAUUAACGCGGAGAAGUACUCGCUACUUCAAUUAAAAGCGUGGUGCACGGCAGUGGGGCUCAACGCUAGUGGAGCAAAAGCGUCGCUGGCUGCACGACUUAGCGAGCUGUCGGCAGAAGCACGGGGCUUGUGUCCAGGAGCCAUUGACGUGCCUGGAGGUGAUAGUGUGCCAGAAAAACGCGGCGCGAAAGAUACGGUGCCACCAAAUAUCGAUGGAGGCAAUGGUACAGCCAAAGAAAAAAAUAACGGCGAAGGUGCUGGCAAUGGUGCGAAUAGCGGCGAUGGACCAAACAACGGCAACGACGCGAAUAACGGCGAGGGAUCAACCAAUGACAAAGGUGCGAAUAACGGCGAUGGUGAGCGUGGCAACGAUGGAGCGAAUAACGACGAUGAUGGCGAUUUUACGAAUGAUAGCAACGGCGCGAAUAACGAUGGUGCGUCUAACAACGAUGAAAAUUUGAAAGGCGAAUUUGGAAGUUUGGUGAACAGUUCAGUAGCUACGCUAACGAGAAACGGCUGUUAA